AUUGAAUUGAGUGGCAGUCUCUUAACAAUAAUAGUACCUACAUCAAUGAGACCACAAUGGAGAAGUACACUCAGUUUGGGCAUUUAUUGUAAGUGUGUAUCCUUCUGUAAAUGGAGGAAGUGGAAUUUCAAACUCCCUUCCUCAGUGCUUCCUCUCCUUACAAGAAAUUUGAAGAAAUGAACACACUAAAUAACACCAAGUGCCAAGGCCAUUAACAGAAAUGCGAGAUGCGAUUCCAACAAAAGAGAGCACAAUGACAGAGUUUAGGAGGUUCGGCUGGUUUCUCUCUUUUUUGGCUCUGGGGAUCAACACUGCACAUUCAGCCCCUGAUUUCUCUUUGUAUCUCCACAGUGUUCUGAAAAACCACACGGCCCAUGCUUGCGAAGGGGAAACGCUCACCAUCGAAUGUCCUGCCAGGACGUCCGUGGCCGUCUUAUCAGCCUUCUUUGGACGCCGCGUUCCUCAACACUAUUUGUGCCCCAGCCAGAAGACAAAUCUAACCGAGGACGCAGAGUGCUCAUCUCCAGUCGCUAUCAAGAAGGUGCUGUCAGAGUGUCAGGAUGAGCGGUCCUGUCAAAUACCCGUCCUUGGCCCCGUGUUUGGACAUGACCCCUGCCCACUCACCAGCAAGUACCUCCUAGUGUACUACAAAUGCAGACCAGAGUACUACCGCACAAGACUGGUGUGUGAGAAUCAACGCUUGAGGCUGGCAUGUAAGAAUGACACCAUACUGGCCAUCUACUCAGCCACCUUUGGACACCUGCUGCAUGGAAGCCCCCUGUGUCCUCAGGGAGGGGGCUCGCUGGUGGACAUGGAGUGUUUGUCGCCGUCCGCUCUGAGGAAGGUUUCACGUCGGUGUCACGGCCAAGCGAACUGUUCAGUGCUUGCUGACACUCAAACCUUUGGCGACCCGUGUUUCCCCGGCACCAGGAAACACCUGCGAGUAUCCUACACUUGUGUUCCCAGGUAUCUUUUGGAAGACGUGGGUAGAGGGACAACAGAUCCUUUCAUGAUCUCAGACUACACACACGGUGGAUGGUACACUGGCCCCACCUACAGGCCUCAAAAUGUGCUACUAACCAACUCUCUGGAGAUGGUAGAAAAAAUGUUGGGAGUACCUGAACGAGUGGCUCUGUAUUUUGUCUCUGGGAUCUGUGCUGGCCUGGUUUUCCUGCUCUGCCUGUUUGGAGUACACUCCACGCUGGUGAAGGACGUGAAGGAGCUCGUGUCAGAUCUGCACGAUGAGUUGAAAGCACCGAGUCGGCAGCACAAGGACCUCAUAGAGGACCUCUACGACGAUGAUGAACUUUCGCUCUCGGAUUUCUCAUUGUUUCAUCACCUCACUCAGUCAUAUCGCACAGCGGACGUGCUCGCUGCCCCCAUGCUGACUAUGGAGAUGAUCGCACAGGGUGCUGAACACAGUCGAGACCUGCCCAAUGGAGACAUUUGGCCACAUCCAGACACCAACCCUUAUGCCAUUCAUCAGAUUACAAAUUAUAAUUAAUUUCUCUUUGAACAUAAUGCUCGAGUCAAACGACCCGUUUUAAUGUUUGGCAGCAAUAAAAGCACUCUAAAUUCAUCCCUCCAUCCAUUUUCUAAUCCGCCUAUCCUCACAAGCCUGUCUCAGAUGUGAGGCUAACCAGCCGACUACCGUGGUGCCCUGGCACUCUACAUUCCUCCCUGAAAUGUGAUGACUUUUCCUAAAUGACCCAAAAGAGAAAAAAAUAUUUGUACAGGUGCUUUAAAUUUUCCCAUAUGUAUUUAAUCGAAUACAAAUGGUGGUAAUGGUGGAACUCUUAAAAUUAUAAAACUGUACAUGCCAUAAAUAUGUGAAUAUUUAUUGGCAAUAGUACUCAACAGGGAUCUUGAAACAACCCUCAAAACUGUCUGUAUUCCCACCACUUUUGCACAGGGUCCUGCAGAAACAUGCAACUGUUGUACUUUGAAUCUUGAAACAUUUAAUGAUUUCUUGUCAUAUAUUUUUAUUAAGUGUAUUCUUCUCAAACAAUAGUAACAGUCCUCAAGAGCGAACUUGAAACAGCUCCGACAACUGUCUGUGCUCGCAGCACAAUUGUACAGGUUCCCACAGUUUCCCCCAUUACCUGCCCCUGUUCAGCAGGUAAUAGGGGGAAUCUUGAAACAGCAAAAGAUAUUAUUAUUAUUAUUAUUAUUAUCAUUAUUAUUAUUGACUUAAAUCAAAGAGAAUAAUACUACAUACCCAGAUCUGCAGUAUAUGAUAGAGUCACAGUAUUUUCAAGAUACUGAAGGUAUUAUAACAUAGGGCCUAAAUAUUGUUGUUUGUGGGUGUUUUCCAUGUUCUCAAAGUCUUGUUCUUAUUAGGGUUGUGUGUGCGUGGGAGUCUAUGCCAUCUGGGUGAGCGGAGAGGUACAGCAUGGGCUCCCACCACUUUCCCUAAUUUCUGUUUGUCAUACACGACACUUGAUCCUUUCGUCAUUUUAGUCAUUAAAUGAUUCAUUUUAGGCGUCUCUCACAUUCUUAUUAAAGACAUUAAAUAGCUGCUUUUUGCGACACAAAUUCAUGUCAAGUUCAAUUUUUUCUACCACAUGUCCUCAUUUGGGUCGUGUGUGAAGUGGAGCAUUUUCCAGCAGACUUUGGGUAAGAAGUGAAAUGCCCCUGUACAAAAAAA